UGAGGCGCGAAACCGCUCCAGUCUUUGUGCCGCCGCCAUCUUGACCAGAAUCCGGAUAAUCAUCAUCUCAACACACUGAUUUACAGCAAACACACACGACUACAGUGGUGAUAUUUCGUGUGUUUCAGAGCGGCGAUGGCCACUGCACCCUACAACUACUCCUACAUCUUCAAGUACAUCAUCAUCGGUGACAUGGGCGUUGGGAAGUCCUGUUUGCUGCACCAGUUCACAGAAAAGAAAUUCAUGGCCGACUGCCCGCACACCAUCGGCGUAGAGUUCGGCACCCGAAUCAUCGAGGUGAGCGGGCAGAAGAUCAAGCUUCAGAUCUGGGACACGGCGGGCCAGGAGCGCUUCAGAGCCGUCACGCGCAGCUACUACAGAGGAGCCGCGGGAGCGCUAAUGGUCUACGACAUCACCAGGAGAAGCACAUACAAUCACCUCAGCAGCUGGCUGACUGACGCCAGGAACCUCACCAACCCCAAUACUGUGAUUAUACUCAUAGGAAACAAAGCAGAUCUGGAAGCCCAGCGAGACGUGACGUACGAGGAGGCCAAGCAGUUCGCUGAAGAGAACGGUCUGCUGUUCCUGGAGGCCAGCGCCAAAACAGGUGAGAAUGUGGAGGAUGCUUUCCUGGAGGCGGCGAAGAAGAUCUACCAGAACAUUCAGGACGGCAGUCUGGACCUGAACGCAGCAGAAUCAGGUGUUCAACACAAACCAUCAGCGCCGCAGGGAGGCCGGAUCACCAGCGAACCCCAGCCGCAGCGGGAGGGGUGUGGCUGUUAAUGACAUCAUCAUCAUCACCACGCGCACACGAGCCGCAGCGGGAGGGGUGUGGCUGUUAAUGACAUCAUCAUCAUCACCACGCACACACGAGCCGCAGCUGGAGGGGUGUGGCUGUUAAUGACAUCAUCAUCAUCACCAUACACGAGCCGCAGCGGGAGGGGUGUGGCUGCUAAUGACAUCAUCAUCUUCAUCACACGGCCCGGUCUCGGCCCAGAUACGGCUACAUGUGCUCAUUUGCUCCUACCUUCCUCUUAACCUGUCCAUCUUUCUAUUUCCCCAUCAUCCUCCGACUAAUCACGUGACGCAUCGGCUUAGGGGAGAAGAAUCUGCUGAUCACCAUUCAGGCUCUUUUUUAUUGAUAUUCGUUUUCUAUCUCGUCACAUUCGUCGGCACCGCUCUGAGAAGCGAGACCUGUCGCUGAAGGCAAGCAUGAUUGUGUGGAGAGUUCGGGUCGGCCACCGCCGGGACGCUCCACACGCAUCUGUAAACGGGAUCCCACGUGUGUCAAGGGUUGGACAGCUUUAUGAAUCGAAGACACUUUAUGGAAAGAUGAUUCUUUCUUCUCUACUGCUCCUUGAUCGUUCGUUCGUUUGUCCUUACCACUGUUAUUUUAUGUUGCCUUAUUGUUAUUCAUGUUAAUAUUAUUACCAUCAGUUUAAUCUUUACUAGCUCAACACAGUUUGGAGUUGAGUUUGGUUUUACAACACUGCAACUGUUUUUGUAUAGAUCUAUGAAAUGUGAUGGAAACGCUCCAGUUGUGUAGCCUGUGUAUAUUAACACCACGAGACUUCUCGUGAAGCAGCAUCUGUGUCUUAAUUCAGUGUACGUACCAUAUGAAGUCUGAUUCAGCUGCUGUAUAUAAGGCCAUGUCUGCUGGUCAUGUGACCGACUCUUCACGCAGAAAGACGACGCUCACGAACUCUCCAAACACGAACGUCUCUGUCUGAAUGACCCGAGUCGAAACAGUACAUAUGUAUAAACUCUGAAUGAGCUGUGCUAACGUUUGAAAAUCUGUUUUUGUGUAUGUAUAUGAUUUUAAAAUGUUGACAUUUUGAUUUUAAUGACAACAUUAAAUAUGCUCUAGCCAGAAAA